GACCGACAUGUGCAAAGCAAUAUACCCACUCUUCUUCGAAGGGGGGGCAUAAUAAACUAAUAAGCUGUGACGCGUUCUGGGAAAACUGGGCUUAAUGCAUGUGUAUUUGCUUCGUGCGUUGGUCCUUUAAUAAAGUCUCUUCUAAAGGAAAAUCUGUGUAGGCGAAAAUUCCCGCCCCUGAUUAGCCUGUGCGGACUGCGUUUCCAGCCGUUUUAAUUACACGAUGGCCACCUCUUGAAUCGUUUUCCAUAAAAAGUUAGUAAACAGGCAAACCGCCAACUUAUUUUGAAAAUGUCUAGAUUCUAGGUCGAAUUCGAAUCAGGGUUAUGGUUUGCGUUUUAAAUAUUUUAUUGGAACACAAAACGUCCAAAACAAUAGAACUAAACAUCAGCAACGACGGAGGAAAACCAACUUAAAACUUAACCAUGUAAACUGAAUAAAACAAUUUUGAUAAAAAAAUAUUUGCGUUGAACAGACGGAAACAAUUAAACUGGUUCAAUUUUCAGCAGCUAUUGAAAAAUCGAACCUUAAAAAUUACCAUGUAAUUUUUAAUUGAAUAAAAUAAUUGCUUUUAUAAAAUAUAUGCGUUGAACCGACAUAAAACACCAGACCUGAAACAGAAUCCUCGCGCGCCAUAUAGACGAUCGCAUCAACACUAUCGGAAAAUCUGAAUCUGGGACAGAUGGAUGUUAGGGGACCCAUUGAAUCAAUACCAGUAUCAUCUCGCGAGAAAUAUACAAAUUAUCGUAAACACAGUUAUUGAUCGAGUUAAAAACUAUGCGGACAGUUUCAGUUCUUCUGUGUACGUGUAAUAUUAGAACCAGUGAAACAAUUGUGAAGAUUUUAUUCAUUGUUAUAAACUACACAAGACUGGAUAUACGUUCUUGAUUCCAGUGUCGUAACGGUUGCUCCGCUUUAAAACAGCUGUUGUUUGGUUCGCCUGUUAACGUGUUGUUAUUGGUUGUUUAUUUUCAGGGGCGAAUAGGUGUUUACUGAAAAUAUUUAAAACACCCAUAUGCAAAAGGAAAAUGUCAGGGAUACAUUAGUAAAGCAAACAAGUGAACACCGCGCCGCAACCUCCUCGUGACCCUUGACGUUAUCUCGCGUGGCCGGAAGCACGUGAGAUGGAGAGCCUCCAGGAACGUCUACUGGAGCACGUGGUGCCGGACCAGGUCGGCAACGUGGGCAAAGUUGCGUACCGCUUCACUGAGAUGCGGAUAGUUCACGUGCACUGGCCUCGGGUGAGCACGGUAGACGGACUGUUCAUGGCAAACAAUGGGGCGCUGCGUCUCGAGGGGAAGUACGAGCUGCACAGGCCCGGCGUACUCGGGUACCACAAGUGCGGCGAGUUCCUGUUUGACCUCAGUGCCAUAUGUCUCAGCAUCAAGGAAACCCAGCUGUCAGAGUCCCAUUCACUUCCGUCCGGCCGCGUUCGCCACCACCAGCAUCACCACCGCUCACACGUGCUUCCCGCGCACCACGUCACGUGCACGGUGGGUCACAUCCGGGUACGCUUCCACGGCGGCGCCGCCAGGUUGUGCCAAUUCCUGACCUCCAUGUACAUCAAGGUUUACAGGCGACAUUUGGAGGCGCAGAUUGCCAAAGUCAUACAGGAGACGGUACAGGACGACGGACAAAUCCUCAUGUCAGCUCUCUCAGUAAUGGCUUCCAUCAACCAUACGUCGGAAAGACACGUUACCGGAAGUACGGAGCGCCCCACACCUGAACACGCACUUAGCGAACCCGGUGGAGGGAAGAUACAGCGGUUCCUGGACAGUUUUUCACGCGGCCAGCCACAGACUUGAGCCACGCCCUUCCAUUUCCGGUCGCUCCUCGGUGCAGUCCUGUGCGCAUACUCUCGUGCAAAAUUAUUGACUUCCAGUUGCAGUCGGUAGUGGUGUCUACUUCAUGGCAGUUGUUCAUUAUUAUUAAAUGUCAUGCUCUUGUUUUCUGAAUAUGUACAUAAUUAUUAUUGUAAAUAUUUAAAUAAAUCAUCGAAACAUGAA